AUGCUCACCGGCGUGUUCUUUGCCCAGCACCCGGCGGCCGAGAGCCACAGCGCCGACUCCGAGAGCUACAGCAACAGGUUUGAGGCCUCCUUCCUGGCCUCGCUGAGCAGAUACCUCCUGCACCAGGGCUACGCCGCCAGCCAGCUCACCGUUCUGACCCCCUACCACGGCCAGGUGCUGAAGAUCCGUGGGCUGAUGAAGAGCAGCGGCAUGGGGGACGUGGCUGUCCACGCUGUGGACGACUUCCAGGGGGAGGAGAACGACAUCGUCCUUCUCUCGCUGGUACGAAGCAACAGGGAAGGGCGGAUCAGUUUCGUGGCUCUGUCACGGGCCAGGAAGGGCUUCUACUGCGUGGGGAACCUGGCCGGCAUCGCCGCGGGGUCCACCAGCCAACUCUGGAAAGAGAUUCUGCAGCUCCUCCAGGGCAAGAAACUGGUGGGGGAAGGGCUGACACUGGUGUGCCAAAAUCACCCCGAGACCAAGACGGUGGUGAAGGAGAAUUCGGACUUCAGCAAAGUCCCCGAAGGAGGCUGCGCGCUCCGGUGCCAAACCCGGCUGGAAUGCGGCCACCCCUGCCCGCGCCGCUGCCACCCGCACGACCGGGUCCCGUGCCCCACGCUGUGCGAGCUCAACCACCGGUGUCCCAGGAAGUGCUAUGAACCUUGCCAGCCUUGCUCCGUGGCCGUGGAGAAAGUCAUUCCAAAGUGCGGGCACAGCCAGACGGUCCCCUGCCACCUGCCGGCCGACCGCUGGGUCUGCCAGGAGCCAUGCCGGCAGCUGCUGGAGUGCGAGCACCCAAUGGUGGACGUCACGCUGCCCUGUUCCCACGGAACGAGAACCGAAUGCUACAGGCAGAAAACGCCUCUCAAAUGCCUCGAGAUGUGCGAGCAGGAACUCGAGUGCGGACACCACUGCGGAGGGAGCUGCUUCGAGUGUGUGCAGGGCCGGCUGCAUGCCCACUGCCGUAACAAGUGCACCAGGGUCCUUCUGUGCUCGCACCAGUGCCAGGAGGCGUGUUUCGAGAACUGUCCGCCGUGCAAACGAAAAUGCCCCAACACGUGCAGGCACAGCCGCUGCGAUAAGACCUGCGGGGAGAUCUGCUUUCCCUGCGUCCAGCCCUGCUCCUGGAAGUGCAGGCACUACCGGUGCACACGGCCGUGCUCAGAGACGUGCUCUCGCCCCCGCUGCGACGAGCCCUGCCAAAAAUCCCUCUCCUGCAGCCACCCCUGCGCAGGCCUCUGUGGAGAGCCCUGCCCGCCCAAGUGCCGCACGUGCCACCGCGGCGAGCUGCAGGAGAUAUUCUUCGGCACCGAAGAUGAGCCGGAAGCCCGUUUCGUGCUCUUAGAAGACUGUGGGCACGUUCUGGAGGUGCAGGGCCUGGACCGGUGGAUGGAUGGCGAGCCAGAGGGGACGGAGGCCCAACACGUCCAGCUGAAGGUGUGCCCCAAAUGCGCGACGCCCAUCCAGCACAACACGCGCUACAACAACGUGAUCAAGGGCAUCCAGCAAAAAAUCAAGGAAAUCAAGCUGAGGAUUCAGGGGAGCAGGGAAGAACUGGAAGCUGGAAAGCAGCAGCUGCUGCUCCGGCUGAGCAGCGACCGAGACCUCGUGGCCUGGGCUGGCAUGGAAGGAAGGAUUGCGAGCGCUGCCUCUCGUCAGAGCCUUCUGGAUUUGGAGAACACCCUCAAUUUCCUGGCGAGUCUCUCCAGGCUGAAGCAGCAAGCGAAGACGUGCACGGCGGCGCGAGAGCGCAAUUUGCGCAGGCAGAUCGAGGCGGUGGAGACACAGCCUGUGGGCAUGGACCAGCCUGGUAACAGGCAGCACACACGACUCUCCAGCACCGUCCUAGCUCCUGGGACACCAGCCACCUCGUCCGUUCACAAAAAGCUGCUGCUAUUGCAGAAGUUGUGGCUGAUCAAAUCACAAGCUGGUUUCCUCUACCAAAAAUCAGCGAGUUGA